AUGAUGAAACUCUACGCCAUGCCUCGUUCUGGAAACUGCUACAAGGUAGCCUGGAUGUUGCGACUUCUCAAGGUACCCCACCAGAUUGUCACCACCUCCAUUCUAGACGGAUCCACCAAGAGUCCAGCCUUUAUGGACAAGAAUCCCAAUGGUCAAGUCCCUCUCUUGGAAUUGGAGGAUGGAAGAUUCUUGGCCGAAUCCGGUGCCAUGCUGUUGUACUUGGCCGAAACACAAAAGUCGUUUCUUCCACCCACAGACGACCCCUUUCAACGCGCCAAGGUCUUUGAGUGGAUGUUCUUUGAACAGUACUCGCACGAACCAUCCAUUGCCGUACGACGGGCCAAUGUUAUUUUCCAACGUCCUUGUGAUGACGCCAAAAUGAAACAGCUCUUGGACAAGGGACACCACGCGCUGGGUGUCAUGGAACGGCAAUUGGCUACCACACCCUUUUUGACGGGUCCUGAUUUCUCCGUGGCGGAUAUUGCCUUGUAUGCCUACACUCACGUUGCGGCGGAAGGCGAAUUUGAAUUGACGAGAUUCCCUCAUGUCCAGACUUGGUUGCAGCGCAUCCAGGGUAUGCCUGGUUAUGUGGACAUGGACAGUUGCUUGCAAGAGGAAACCUUUGUUCCUACUAUCUAG